AUGGACGAUCGACCAGUUAGUGGUGUAGGCGCUUACAAAAUUAAUUGGGAUGAACUUGAUGAAAUGUCAAAUCCAUUUGGAAGUGGUGGUAUAGGUCUUCCAGCUAAAAAUCAACCUAAGUCUGUUACUAAACCAUCCGCCCAAGGAGAUCGCCCAAACGAUAACACAAAUCAACCAAAAAAUUUAUCAGUUGACUCCAAUCCUGAGAAACUACCAAAGAAAUCUUUACAGAACCCUCAACCGCUACCCAAACCUCUCCCCAAGUCUAAUAACUCUACUGAAGUCAAGCAAUCCCUGAGUCCCCUGUCGUCUGAAGCGUCGCCUGUGGUGGUGAACGGACAGGACGUGCCUAAAGACGUCCAAAAGGGAAAUGUUCCUCAUUGUAAUGGUGAACUGCUUUCAACUCCAGUUCCCCAAUCAGUCCCAUCUCCUGAAGAGAUAUGUGAAGCAUUACAAAGUGUUAUUGAUCUCCAGUCUGACAUACCUCCUGAUGUCGGUAAUAACUUAGAAGUUGCACAAGAUCAUUCUAACGAAUCCGAUCCAAGUUUAGGUGAAACUAUGGAAAAUAAUGUUGAAAACAAUAACGUUAUUCCUGAUGUUAUGCAAACUUCACGUAUUGAUUCAUCAACUCGACCAGCAUCACCAGCUCAAGCUGGAAUGCUUAACAAAUCAGAUGCACCUUUAGUAAAUGGAAAAGAAAACUCUCAGCUACCUCCUCAAUAUCCGUUUAAAUCAUCACGAGAUUCUAAAUCAAAUGAUACAGAAUUAAUUGCACUACGCAAGGAACGAGAUCAACUUUUAACUACAAUUGAAGAGAUGAAACAUUGUAUCACAGAGUAUGAUCGUAGUUUACAGCAUAUGGUUGAAGAGAAAGCUCAUAGUCAAAGAGAAGUCAAUAUUCCAGUGGCUGAUUUAAUUAAAGAACGUGAUGAAGCUGUAGAAGAGUUAGCUACUAUUGAGAAAGCUUUUGGGGAUUUACACAGACGUUUUGAGAAAUCAAAACAAAUUAUAGAAGGUUUUAAGCAGGUGUUUAUGUCAACAACUAAUUACCUCUUUAUAUUCAUUUCAAGGAUCAGCAAACACUUCUUAGUUAAUGAUAUAUAUAUAUAUUCCGUUCCAAGUUUUUCUCGUCUAUUGAAACCAAUUCACUUGUUAAAAUGGGGUGGAACUAAUGUUUUAUUUGACUGUUGAUUGAUUAUAAUAAAGAGUAGAAUGACUGUUCUCGUCUUUCAUUAAUGACCAGUUUUUCGUUUUUAAAUAAGGC